AUGGCUCCUCGCUUUUGGACUGCGCUCUGGGCGCUUACUCUUGGCCAUGCUGCCAUCGCCGCCCCAAACAUAUUGUUGGCUCCUCGUGCGACAGGUAGUUUGGAUACCUGGCUGGCAUCUGAGACUACAGUGGCAAGACAGGGUAUCCUGGAUAACAUCGGAUCGGAUGGUGCCCAUGCUGCGAAUGCAAAGCCCGGCAUUGUAGUAGCCAGCCCGAGCACCUCCAACCCCAACUACUAUUAUACGUGGACUCGCGACUCAGCCUUGGUGUUCAAAACUUUGGUCGAUAUGUUCAAGAAGGGCGACAGCGCGUUGUUGACCGUGAUCGAAGAAUAUAUCAGUGCGCAGGCCUAUAUCCAGACAGUUUCAAACCCAUCUGGGAAUCUUUACAGCGGUGGAUUGGCAGAGCCCAAGUUUAACGCCGAUGAGACGGCUUUCACUGGCUCUUGGGGUCGCCCUCAGCGUGAUGGACCAGCCUUGAGAGCCACGGCGUUGAUUUCGUUCGGCCAAUGGCUUAUUGAUAAUGGGUACACCAACUAUGCGACCAACAUUGUCUGGCCCGUUGUGCGCAACGAUCUCUCCUAUGUUGCCCAGUACUGGAAUCAGACCGGAUUUGAUCUCUGGGAGGAAGUUUCUGGCUCAUCAUUCUUUACCAUCGCGGCGCAGCACCGCGCCUUGGUGGAGGGAAGCACGUUCGCGAAACAAGUCGGUUCGUCAUGCUCGUACUGUGACUCUCAGGCUCCGCAGGUCUUAUGCUUCCUACAGUCUUUCUGGACUGGAUCGUACAUCUUGGCCAAUUUCGGUGGUGGACGUUCUGGCAAAGACGCCAACACCCUGCUCGGUAGCAUUCAAACCUUCGAUCCGGAGGCAGGAUGUGAUGACACCACAUUCCAGCCUUGCUCGGCUAGAGCCCUCGCAAAUCAUAAAGCUGUGACUGAUUCGUUCCGCUCAAUCUACUCUAUCAACUCGGGUAUCGCUGCGGGUAAGGCUGUGGCCGUUGGUCGAUACGCAGAGGACUCAUAUUACAAUGGUAACCCUUGGUACCUCUGUACCUUGGCCGCUGCCGAGCAGCUGUAUGAUGCUAUCUACACAUGGAACCGUAUUGGAUCUUUGACAAUCACCUCUGUAUCUUUAAACUUCUUCAAGGAUCUCUACGGUUCUGCUGCAACCGGUACCUACUCCUCGUCCAGCGCUACAUACUCCGCGAUCGUGAGCGCUGUCAAGGCGUAUGCAGAUGGAUAUGUCAGCGUUGUGCAAAAAUAUGCCCCGUCCAGCGGCUCCUUAGCCGAGCAAUUCUCCAGGUCAAAUGGCUCGCCACUUUCAGCCAGCGACCUGACUUGGUCUUACGCAGCCUUACUUACCGCCAACGAGCGUCGAAACGCCAUAGUUCCUGCACCUUGGGGUGAGACCUCUGCCAGUAGUGUCCCUGGCCAGUGUCAAUAUACUUCGGCUAUUGGUACUUUCAGCAGUGCAACAAACACCGCCUGGCCUAACACCUUGACUAGUAAAUCAGGCGGUAUAACUACCACUGGAUCGGGUGGUGGUACUGCUACUACAACUAAGGCUACGACUACGACUACAACCUCAUGCACCACUCCGACCGCUGUUGCCGUGACAUUCAAUGUGAUCGCUACUACCGUAUACGGUCAGAAUAUCAAGCUUGCUGGAUCUAUCUCUCAGCUUGGCUCCUGGUCCCCAAGCAGUGCCAUUGCGCUAAGCGCUUCCUCAUACACUUCGAGCAACCACCUGUGGUUUGUAACUGUGACACUUCCAGCAGGUACUAGUUUUUCCUACAAGUAUAUCAAUGUGGGGAGUGAUGGUACUGUGAAGUGGGAGAGUGACCCCAACCUGUCGUACACUGUUCCUGCCCAGUGUGACACCAAUGCUGUCACAAUUAAUGAUAACUGGAGGUGA